AUGGCGCCCUCUAUGGAAACCAAUUCUACUUCUGCCAGACAAACUGGCAAGCACCGCAAGUUCCUCAGCGAGGCCCAUCAGGAUCUUCUCAGCCAAGCGGGGCGAAUCAUCCCCGACGUGCGGACCAUCCAUGAACUCGGCCAGACAGCCUUUAAUGGAGGGUUAAUUGAUGACCGAACGUACCUGAUCGAAAAUAUUAUUCAGCUCACGACCUCUUUGCCCAAUACAUCUACCUUGCGAAAGAAGAUCACAGAUGGGUUCGUCAGCACUCUGUGGGGCAACCUCCAGCAUCCUCCAUUGUCUUACCUCGGGGAUCAAUUCAAGUAUCGGACCGCGGAUGGGAGCUAUAACAAUAUCAUGUAUCCCCAUCUUGGGGCUUCCGGAAGUCAUUAUGCCCGGACUGUCACCCCUCAGCAUCCGAGGCCUGCCGUGCUUCCUGACCCGUCCCUUAUAUUUGACACCCUAUUGGCACGCGACGGUCCUGCAAAGGAACACCCCAGCAAGGUAUCGAGCAAUCUGUUCUAUCUGGCGACAGUGAUCAUUCACGAUCUCUUCCACACGGACGAGCGCGACGGCACUAAAGUAUUGAACUCUUCCUACCUCGAUCUGGGUCCCCUGUAUGGCCAUAACCAAGAUCAGCAAAACCAGGUGAGGACAUUCGCCAACGGUCUGCUUCACCCCGACACAUUUGCGGAAAAACGACUCCUCUCGCAACCGCCGGGUGUUUGCGCAUUGAUGGUCGCAUUCAAUCGAUUCCACAAUUGGAUCGUGGGGGAACUGGCUUACAUUAACGAAGCGGGAAGAUUUAGUUUGCCUACUGGGAUGAAGCAGGAUGAUCCACGGUACACUGACGCGCUGACUAAAAGGGAUAAUGAUCUGUUCCAGACGGGGAGACUGAUAACAUGUGGCCUAUAUGUCAACAUUAUCCUACACGACUACCUCCGGACAAUCCUCAACCUCAAUGAGAACCCUACCGAUUCAGACUGGACACUCGACCCCAGAACGAGCCUGGAAAUCUUCGACGAAGGAGGCGUCCCUCGCGGAAUCGGCAAUCAAGUCAGUGCCGAGUUCAACAUGAUAUACCGCUGGCACGCGGCCAUCAGCAAUCGGGAUGAAGCCUGGGUGAACAGCCUUUGCCAAACGGUAUUCGGAUCGAAGGUCGAUGGCAGCACAUUAUCCGUGAAUCAAUUCCUCGAAGGAUUGCGAAAAUACUUCCAGGACAAUGCACCAGGCGAACCUCCAACGUGGACCUUUGGAGGGUUGAAACGGCAGCAGGAUCAUGAUGGACGCUUCGCUGACAGUGAGCUUGUUCGUCUCCUGUCAGAAGGGUGCGAUAACGUCGCUGGGGCAUUCGGCGCCAGAAACAUCCCCAAGGCAAUGAAGGCCAUUGAAAUGCUCGGGAUUGAACAGGGACGGCAAUGGGAGCUGGCUACUCUGAAUGAGUUCAGACUGUUCUUCAAAUUGAAGCCACAUUCAACUUUCAUGGAGGUUAAUUCGGAUCCAGCAAUUGCGGAAGCAUUGGAAGCGCUAUACGGCCACCCCGAUAACAUAGAGCUAUAUGUUGGCGUACAGGCAGAAGAAGCCAAAAAACCCUUCUAUCCGGGCUCUGGGUUGUGUCCUGGGUUCACCAUCUCUGCAGCUAUUCUGUCUGAUGCGGUUGCUCUCGUUCGCGGAGAUCGUUUCUACACAGUUGACUAUAGUCCAGCCAACCUGACCAAUUUCGGCUUCAAUGCCGUGCGAUCUGACUUUGACGUUGCCGGCGGGGGUGUCAUGUACAAACUGCUGAUGAGAGCCUUCCCCGGAUGGUACCAGCCAAACAGCGUCUAUGCGCUAUAUCCAUUCGUGACACCAGAGAAGAGUCGCGAGAUUAUGGAUAAAUAUAUGAAAUUCAAGGACCUGAAUUUCGAUCGACCGUCAUACACCGCGCCACCUGUGCCGGUCACAACGUGGAAAGGUGUGACGAAGCUUUUGGAGGACCAGAAGCGGUUCCAUGUUCCUUGGGGAACACAUACAUUCCAGGUUACCCGGCAUGACUACAUGCUCAGUGGGGAUUCCGCGGCGAAUGCAGAACAGAGGCGAUUCGUCAACGAGUGUCUCUAUGAACCAAAGACUAUACUCCAGGAAGUGCGAAAGCUUUACGAGUCCAUCACGUUAGACCUGCUUCGUGACAAAAGCCUCAAGCUUGGGGACUGCUAUCAUGUUGACAUCGUCCGAGAUGUCGGAAAUCUAGCACACGCAUAUUUCUGCUCGCAGUUCUUCAGCAUCCCGCUCAAGGACCUCAAUAGCCCUUCACCUGACGCGUAUACACCCGGGGAGCUCUCCGAUUCCCUUGCCUUGUUGUUCGGCUACGUCUUCCUAGAUCUUGAGCCGACCGAGUCUCUCCGGAAUAGGGUCGCAGCGGCAAGGGAGGCGCAGCGGAUGGGCGCUAUCAUGGCCAAGUCAGUCUCCAGCACAAAGGAUAAUGCCAUCAGUCGUUUCAUGCAGGCGCUUGGGAUGAGCGAGGCCGGGACAGCGAGCUACGGCCCGCAGCUUGUGAAGCGGCUACUGAGAGGGGGCAAGAGUGUCGAUGAGGUCGUGUGGACCAUUAUUCCAACCGCAGCGGCAGCGUGCGCGACUCAAGCGCAGGGUUGGGCACAAAUGCUCGACCUCUAUCUAUCGGAGCAGUACGCCUCGCACUGGCCUGCUAUCCAAGAACUGGCACGCUCUGAUGAUCCUGGAGCGUUUGAAAAAUUGAAGAAAUACGCUCUCGAGGGUUUCCGCCUGUCUACUCCGGCUUUUGGUGUCCUCCGGACAGCAGUCGACGAAGCCACAAUCCAGGACGGAAAGGCCUCCACAACCGUCCAAAAAGGAGAUACCAUAUUUGCAGACUUUAUUACUGCUGGUCGUGAUCCGCUUAAGUUUCCGGACCCCGAGCAGAUCCGACUCAACCGUCCGGCGGAUGCCUAUAUCCACCAUGGCUGGGGUCCACACGCGUGUCUGGGAAGGGCAAUUGUCACCACAGCCGGCGCCGCUCUCUUGCGUGUCCUGGGUCGGCUCGAAAAUAUCCGUCGAGCUCCUGGACCUGCCGGAGAGAUGAAGAGCAAGAUGGUGAAUGAUGCGUUUAAGCUGUACUUGCACGAAGAUGGAUCUGACUGGACGCCGUUUCCUCAGAAUAUGAAAGUGAUGUUUGAUUCCUUCAAGUAG